UCUAUUCGCGGUGGUAUUUUGGUUGGUAGUUGGAUUGGAAAAAAAAACAUUUUAAUUGAUCAUCUUGGUUCUCGACAGUGGUGGUGGUUGCAUAAAAAUUGUUAUUUUGUUACACUGUGUGUUUCACCGGCUGUGAUUUCAACAAAUUUGUUUGUUUGUUUGUCGAAUACCGGUUGCAUAUCGAUUGCAAAUCAUCAUCAUCAUCAUCAUCAUCGCACACAUGAUUUGAGAAAAAAGAAAAUCGAAAUAACAACAAAUUCAACAAUGGAAGAUCGAUAUUUUUGUGGCGGUAAUGAUUCAUCAUCAACAUCAAUAUUGGAUUUUAAUCAAUUAUGGAAUUCAACGAGACCAGAAUUUUCAAAAUGUUUUCUAAAAACAAUACCAUUUUGGUUACCAUCAUUAUUCCUUUGGUUAUUUGCACCGAUUGAAAUUUAUUUUAUUUUAAAAAAACAUUUUACAUUCAAUAAUGAUCAUUAUCAUCAUCGACAACAGCGACGACAACAAUCAAUUUCAAUACCAUAUAAUCAAUAUAAUAUAUCAAGAUUAUUUUUUACAAUUUUAUUAAUCAUUACAAAUCUAGCACAAUUAAUUCAUGAUCUCUGUUAUUAUCAACCAUUUUGGCAAUUAAUCAACAUUAAUAACAAUAAUGUUGAUAAUAUAAUAUUGGCUUCAUCGGCUGAUAUUUCAGCAUCAUUAUUGAAUAUAAUUACCUUUAGUUUUUUUGCCUGUUUUAUUCAAAUUCAUCGUCGUCAUGGUAAACAUACCAGUGGUAUUGCAUGGUUAUUUAUGUUCAUAUCGGUUAUAUCAUUUUUACCAAUAAUUUAUACAUUCAUUUUGAAUGGUUUUAAUUUCAAUAAUGUUUAUCUACAAAUUGGUCCGAUUGAAAAGAAUUUUAAUUUAUCAUUAUUAUCCACUAUAUUCAUAUUACAUUCAAUAUUAUUGAUUAUAAUAUUUUUACAAACAUGUUUUGCCGAUCAAAAACCAAUUCAACAUUUACAUCGAUCAUCGAAACAACAACAAACAUCAACAUUGGAUAAUUAUGAUGAUAAUAAUAGCUUGAAUGAUUCAAAAAGAAAAUUAUCAAUCAAUAAUGUUGAUUCAUUUGAAAUGAGUUCACCAUAUGAACCGAAUGGUACAAUUAUUGAAGAAACAAUAUCAUCAUCAUCACCAUUAUCAUCAUCAACAACAAAUAUUGAUCAUCAUAGUUUAAUUGAAACGGGAAAAAAACCAAUCGAAUGUCCAGAAUUACGAUCAUCAUUUUUAUCACAAAUAACAUUCUGGUGGUUCAAUACAUUGGCCAUUCGAGGUUUUCGUCGUUCAUUAACAAUGGAUGAUUUAUGGGAAUUAAAACCUGAAGAUCAAACAAAUUAUGUUGCACCAAAAUUUGAUCGUCAUUGGCGUUCACAAUUAAGACGAUCACAAUUAUCAAUGAAAAAACGAUCUUCAUUAAAACAACAACAACAACAAUCAUCAUCAAUACCGAUCAUUAUGACAGCUAUACCGACGGAUACGAUUAAACCAAAAACUGCCAAUAUUGUAUGGGCAAUGUGUAAAACAUUUGGUUGGUUAUUCAUAUCGGGUGCUAUAUUUAAAUUAGGACAUGAUCUUUUACAAUUUGUUGCACCACAAUUACUUAAAUUGUUUAUCGGAUUCAUUAAGAAACCAUCGUCGGAAGAACCAAUAUGGCAUGGUUAUUUUAUUGCAGCAUUAUUUUUUCUUACAGCCCUAAUACAAUCAUUUUUUUUGAAUUAUUAUUUUUACAUUAUGUUUGUAAUUGGUAUGCGAUUACGUACAUCAUUCAUAUCGGCUAUCUAUCGUAAAGCAUUAACAUUAAGUAAUGCAUCACGUAAACAAACAACUACCGGUGAAAUUGUCAAUCUAAUGUCGGUUGAUGCACAAAGAUUUGUUGAUGUUUUACCAUUCUUAAAUCUUAUUUGGUCAUCACCAUUACAAAUUGCAUUAACAGUUUAUUUUCUUUGGAUGGAAUUAGGACCAUCAGUAUUGGCCGGUUUAGCUGUUAUGGUUUUAAUGAUACCAAUAAAUGGAUUUAUAUCCAGUUAUCAACGACGUUUACAAAUGAAACAAAUGAAAAAAAAAGAUGAACGUGUUAAAGUUAUUAAUGAACUAUUGAAUGGUAUACGUGUUAUCAAAUUAUAUGCAUGGGAAGUGCCUUUCAUACAAAAAGUAUCCAACAUACGUAAUAGUGAAAUUGAUUAUUUAAAAAAGAAUGGUUAUCUACAUUCGGUAACAUCAUUUUUAUGGACAUGUGCACCAUUCAUGGUAUCAUUCGUUACAUUUGCUAUCUAUGUUCUUAGUUCCAAAGAUAAUGUACUUGAUCCACAAAAAGCAUUUGUAUCAUUAUCAUUAUUUAAUUUAUUAAGAUUUCCAUUAUCAAUGUUACCAAUGUUAAUAUCAAUGUUAGUAUCAUGUUCAGUAUCGAUAACAAGAUUGAAUCGUUUUUUAAAUUCACCACAACUUGAAAAUUAUGUUGAUCGUAAUGAAGAAUUAAUGAAUAAUUUAGAUAUACGUAUUGAAAAUGGUACAUUUUGUUGGGAAACUGAAAACACCAAUACUGUUGAUGACAAGAAAAAGAAAUCGAAGAAGAAGAAUAAGAAGAAAGCUAAAAAAUCCAAUGAUGAUGAUGAUGAUGAACAACAAUCAAAAGCGAAUGGUUGUGAAACAAAUCAACAACCAUUAUUAGAUAAUAAUAAUGAAAAUAAUGAUCAACAACGAUCAUCAUUACCACCAUUAACAUUACAAUCGAUUAAUUUAAAUAUUGAAAAAGGUUCAUUAGUUGCUAUUGUUGGUCAUGUUGGUUCCGGGAAAAGUUCAUUAAUAUCAGCAUUACUUGGUGAAAUGGAAUGUAUUGAAGGUCGAGUACAGAUUAAUCAUAAUUCAUCAAUAGCAUAUGUUACACAACAAGCAUGGAUACAGAAUGCAACAUUACGUGAUAAUAUUUUAUUUGGUAAACCAUUUAUGAAAAAUCGUUAUGAUUCAAUUAUUGAUAUGUGUGCAUUGAAACCGGAUAUUCAAAUAUUACCCGGUGGUGAUCAAACUGAAAUCGGUGAAAAAGGUAUAAAUUUAUCUGGUGGCCAAAAACAACGUGUUGCAUUAGCUAGAGCUUGUUAUGCACAAACUGAUAUAAUUUUAAUGGAUGAUCCAUUAUCGGCUGUUGAUUCACAUGUAUCGAAACAUAUAUUUAAUCGUGUUAUAUCAAAUCGUACUGGAUUAUUAAAAAAUCGUACACGUUUAUUAGUUACAAAUAAUAUAUCAUUAUUACCGGAAUUUGAUCAGAUUAUUGUAUUAAAUCAUGGUACAAUCAGUGAAACUGGUACCUAUUCCGAAUUAAUGUCAAAUUCGGGGAAAUUUUCCGAUUUUGUACGUGAAUUUGCAUCGAAUGAAAAACAAGAAAAUGAAUUAGAUUCUUCAACCGAAUUACAUCGAUCAUCAAGUUUAAGUAAAGAUGAUCCAAGUACACCGAUUGCAAAAAAAUCUAUUGAUAAAAAAUUAAUCGAAAUCGAACGAACCGAAACAGGAGAAGUAAAAUUUUCUGUUUAUAUAACAUAUUUUCGUUCGUUAACUUGUUUAUGGGUAUUGAUAAUUUUGUUUGGAUUCAUCGGUAUGCAAACAGCAUCAGUAUUUUCAAAUGUAUGGUUGGCAAUUUGGUCAAAUGAUCUAAUAUCGGCUAAUAUUACUGAUAAUGAAAUUCAACUAAGAAAUCAUCGUCUUAUUGUUUAUGGUGGUCUUGGAUUUAUACAAGCAUUUUGUGUAUUGAUUGGUGCAAUUGCAUUAGCCAAUGGUGUUGUACAUAGUUCACGUACAUUACAUAGAAUAUUAAUGGAACGUAUAAUGCGUUCACCGAUACAAUUUUUCGAUACAACACCAUUAGGACGUAUUGUUAAUCGAUUUAGUAAAGAUAUUGAUACGGUUGAUUCAACUAUACCGCAUACAAUGAGAGGAUGGGUUAUAUGUUUUCUUCAGGUGAUCUCUACAUUCAUAUUGAUUGUCAUUGAAAUCAAUGUUUUCCUGUUGGUUGCCAUUCCAUUGCUGCUGUUUUAUUAUCUUAUUCAGAAAUUUUAUGUAGCAACAUCUAGACAGCUAAAACGUUUAGAAUCGGUAACACGUUCACCAAUUUAUUCACAUUUUGGUGAAACAUUAUCCGGUGUUUCAACUAUUCGUGCAUAUGGUUGUUCGAAACGUUUUAUUCAAGAAUCAAAUGAACGUGUCGAUACUAAUCAACGUUGUUAUUUUCCAUCAUUUAUUGCUAAUCGAUGGUUAGCUAUACGAUUAGAAUUUUGUGGUAAUAUGAUUACAUUUUUUGCUGCUGCAUUUUCGGUUCUUUCACGUGAUAAAUUUCAAUCUCAACCCGGUUUUGCUGGUCUAAUUAUGACCUAUGCAAUGAGUGUUACACAAACAUUAAAUUGGUUAAUACGUAUGGCAUCAGAAAUGGAAACAAAUGUUGUAUCGGUAGAAAGAAUUGAUGAAUAUUGUCAUAUACCAACUGAACGUGAAUGGACAAGACCAUCAAAUUCGGAACCAAUAAUAUCAAAAGAAUGGCCAAAUAAUGGUGAAAUUGAUUUUGAUGAAUUUUGUGUCAGAUAUCGUGAUGGUCUUAAAUUGGUUCUCAAUAAUAUCUGUAUCAAAGUGGAAAGUGGUGAAAAGGUCGGAAUUGUUGGACGUACCGGUGCUGGUAAAUCAACAUUAACAUUGGCUUUAUUUCGAUUACUUGAAGGUUCAAGCGGUAGAAUUGUUAUCGAUGAUAUUGAUAUUAGUCUUAUUGGUUUACAUGAGCUUCGUUCAAAACUUUCAAUUAUUCCACAGGAUCCUGUUUUAUUUUCCGGUACAAUACGAUCAAAUCUAGACCCGUUCAAUAUACAAAGUGAUGAACAAUUAUGGCGUGCAUUAGAACAUUCUCAUCUUAAACAAUAUGUAUCGGGUUUAGAAUCCGGAUUAGAUUAUCAGGUUGCUGAAAAUGGUGAAAAUUUAUCGGUAGGACAACGGCAAUUAAUCUGUUUAGCACGUGCAUUAUUACGUAAAACAAAAAUAUUAAUAUUGGAUGAAGCAACAGCAGCAAUCGAUUUGGAAACUGAUUCACUUAUACAACGAACAAUUCGUAAAGAAUUUGCUGAUUGUACAAUAUUAACAAUAGCACAUCGUUUGAAUACAAUUAUGGAUUCGGAUCGUGUAUUAGUAUUGGAUAAAGGUCGUGUUGUUGAAUAUGAAUCACCACAACGAUUAUUAUCAGAUCGACGAUCACGUUUUUUUGCAUUGGCCAAAGAUGCUGGUCUAGUUUGAA